AAAUCAGCAUGUUACUUCUGCGUGUCUCCACUCUGUCGCGGUCGUGUGUGUGUGUGUAUGGGUUAACAUCUUUUGAUACGUGAUUCUAAUAAAACAAUUACACGGAUAUUUACGAAAAUAGGCUAUCAUUGAUCAUGGCAAAUAAAAUAAUACAGCAGAAAUUGUACCGAUUCAAAAGACCAUCUCGAUGGGAUUCCGGUUUGGGGGCUGAGAUGCCUGAAGCUUACAAAAAAUUUUGGAAAGAGUGGAAAUUGACCCAACCAGCCGCAGUUCAUUAUAUUGAGAAAGAAGGAAAAUUUGAAAUGGAUGAACGUUUGGGUAUGGUAGUACCUAUACAAAAUGUUCCACUGCCUCUGAAAUACCCAAAAGAACUAAAUGAUGGAAUAUGGGGUGGAGAAGCAGUCGUUCAAGGCUUCGUUAAGAAAUCUAAAUGGAGAAGGAGAGUUCCUCAUUUUUGGGUUCCGUCACUUCAAAAAUCGGUUCUUUACAGUGAGGUUCUCGAUACUCAUAUGCGAGCAACUGUAACUAAGAGAACAUUAGAUUUGAUCCAUGAGAAUUAUGGGUUCGAUCAUUAUUUACUGAAGACACUGGCCUGCGAUUUGAGAUCCGAGUUGGCUUUAGGAAUAAAGAGAAAAAUUUUACUGGCGUUAGCCGACCAAACUUUGUAUCCUGAAAAUCCGAAGAAGAAAGAAGAAGUUUUAGCAAAAUAUCAACAGUAUCUUGAAGCCUAUACGCGCGAAGAAAUUGAAUGGUAUGGUCUAACCUGGGAAGAGGCGUGCAAGAAAUGGGCGAGAAAAAAGUUGGCGGAUGCGCCCCCGGUACAGCCAUUGAAACACGUGUACAGAUCGGAGCUUAUAGCAAAACUGAAAGAAGCACAAAUACAAUUGGCAGCGGAUGUUGAAACAUCCAAGUCAGGAAGCUCGUGGAUGUCGAAGCUCAAUCCUUUCACUAAAACACCGAAGGAACAGUAAACUUUUUUCAGAGUCGCAAUUCGCGUGUAUGUACAUAAGCUGUUCGGAACACGAACAAAUAAAGCGUGUGUUUCAACUGGA